GUUCGUUACUUCUUUUUGCCUCAACUCAGCAACUUCGGCGCAAUGUGUUCGUUUCUUUUUGACUUGUUUCUUUUCCGAAAAACGUGUUGUUAUGAGUGGACUUGUCAUCUCUUUAUUGACCCAAAUACAUUUAUAAAGGCAAUAUGAAUACUCAAUUGACAUCUAAGGAAAUACGCCAGCAAUUUUUGGAUUUUUUCAUCAAGAAAUAUGAGCAUAAAUAUGUUCAUUCGUCACCUGUCAUUCCACAUGAUGACCCCACUUUGCUGUUUGCUAAUGCCGGAAUGAAUCAGAAAGAAAUAUGUCAGUGGUCAUGGGAGUUAUUAACUGAAGUAUUCAAGUUAUCUAAAGAUCGCCUCUAUGUAACAUAUUUUGGAGGAAAUGCAGCUUUGGGAUUAGAUCCUGAUGAUGAAUGUAAAGAAAUCUGGAAACAAGUUGGCUUGCCAGAAGAAAGGAUUUUACCUUUUGCAAUGAAAGACAAUUUUUGGGAAAUGGGAGAAACUGGUCCCUGCGGACCAUGCUCAGAAAUUCAUUAUGAUAGAAUUGGAGGAAGAGAUGCUGCACAUUUAGUAAAUGCAGAUGUACCUGAUGUCUUAGAAAUUUGGAAUCUUGUGUUCAUUCAAUUCAAUAGAGAAAAUGAUGGUAGUUUGAAACCACUCCCUAAAAAGCAUGUUGAUACUGGAAUGGGUCUUGAAAGAUUGGUAUCUGUGAUUCAAGAUAAAUCAUCCAAUUAUGAUACAGAUUUAUUUCAACCUAUAUUCUUAUCAAUUCAACAAUCCACAGGUGCUGUCCCCUAUGGAGGUAAAGUAGGACCGGAUGAUGUAACUGGCAUAGAUAUGGCUUACAGAGUAUUAGCUGAUCAUGCUAGAACUUUGACUGUGGCACUAGCUGAUGGUGGCAGACCUGACAAUACAGGCCGAGGUUAUGUUCUAAGAAGAAUAUUGAGGCGUGCAGUUCGAUAUGCAUCUGAAAAGUUAUCUGCUAAACCAGGGAUGUUUGCAAGUCUUGUACCAGUUGUUAUCAACAUUUUAGGUGAUAUAUUUCCUGAACUUUCAAAAGAUCCACAAACAAUUAUGGAUAUAAUUAAUGAUGAAGAAGCACAAUUUCUAAAGACACUAAAUCGAGGGAGAUUGUUGUUGGAACGAGCCAUCAAGAAACUUACUUCAAAUGUUCUGCCAGGGGAUGUUGCAUGGAGAUUAUAUGAUACAUAUGGAUUUCCAGUUGAUCUUACACAGUUAAUGGUUGAAGAAAAAGGUUUAGAAGUUGAUAUGAUCGGCUAUGAAGAAGCUAAAAAGCAGGCUCAACUUAUGUCUCAAGCUAAAGGUGAAGGUGUUGUUGAUGAAAUUAAGCUAGAUGUUCAUGCUAUAUCUGACCUUCAAUCCAAAGGUGUUCCUGCUACAGAUGACUCUCCUAAAUACUCUUAUCGCUCUCUAUCUGACAGUAUGGACUCAAAAUAUGAAUUUGAUUCCUGUCUGGGCACUGUCUUAGCAUUAAGAAUUCAAAAAGCCUUCACUGACCAUGUUGAAAAUGGUCAAGAGUGUGGUAUCAUAUUAGAUAGAACCUCAUUUUAUGCUGAAGCUGGAGGCCAAAUUUAUGAUACAGGCUUCAUGGUCAAAGAGAAUGAUGAGGAUACUGAAUUCACUGUUAAAGAAGUCCAACUUCAAGGUGGUUAUGUUAUACACUUAGGUACACUUUGUGGCUCAGUAAAAGUUGGAGAUAAAAUGAAACUAAUGAUAGAUGAGGAAAGGAGAAAGCUGGUAAUGAAUAAUCAUACUGGAACACAUAUCUUGAAUUUUGCUCUUAGAAAAGCUUUAGCAACCGAAUGUGAUCAGAAAGGUUCAUUAGUUGCACCUGACAGACUAAGAUUUGAUUUCACUAACAAGGGAGCUAUGACUGUUGCACAGGUCAAAGAGGCAGAAAUAGUUGCCAAUCAAGCAGUUAGAAAAAAUGGAGAAGUAUUUGCUAAAGACACCCCUUUACCUGAGGCUAAAGCAAUUCAAGGUUUAAGAGCAGUUUUUGGAGAGGUGUAUCCUGAUCCAGUUAGAGUUAUCUCCAUAGGCAUAUCAGUAGAUGAUCUCUUAUCAGAUCCUUCUGGUCCUGGGGGAAAUGAAACAUCUGUUGAAUUUUGUGGUGGGACACAUCUAAAGAGAUCUGGUCAUAUUGGCGAGUUUGUUAUUUCUUCAGAAGAAGCCAUUGCUAAGGGCAUUCGAAGAAUAGUUGCUCUUACUGGUCCUGAAGCUGUCAAAGCCAAUAAACGCUCAGAAUUACUUCAAAAUGAAGUUGAGAAUUUAAAAAAUCUAAUGUGUGAUAAAAGAGCUUCAAUAAGUCAGAAAGAAAUGGUCAAACGGAUAGUUGAUUUAACAGAAGAAAUUUCGCAGUCAAACAUUUCCUAUUGGAAAAAAGAUGAGAUGCGAAACAAUCUGAAAAAUCUCAAGAAACAGCUAGAUGAUUUAGAUCGUGCCAAUAAGGCUGCUGUUGUUCAAACUAUAACAGAAGAAGCAAAACAUAUGUUUGAAACUCAGUCUGAAAAUAAAAACAUUCCAUUCCUUGUUCAUGAAUUUGCUGCUGGAUUCAAUGCUAAGGCUUUAGAUGCUGCAUUGAAGCAGGCAAAGUUGUACUCACCUGAAACUGCUGUGAUGUUUUUCACUAGAGAUGCCGAUGCUGAAAAAGUGUUAUGUAUGAGCUCAGUACCCCAGAAUGCCACUUCUAAAGGGUUGAAAGCUAAUGAAUGGGUUCAGCAAGUGUCUCAAGUCAUUAAUGGUAAAGGUGGUGGCAAGCCAGAAUCUGCUCAAGCCACAGGAACUAAUACUGGUGCAGUAGACGAAGCUAAAAAUAUAGCAAAAAAAUUUGCCGAAAUGAAAUUGAGCUAAUGAUAGCAGUGCUAUUUAAAGUACGGACCAUUAAAUAAAGAUUUAAAUUAUUUAUA